GCGGCGCGGCGGGGGCGGGCCGGGGCGGCGCGGAGGGGGCUGCGGAGCCUCACCGCCCCCAGCUUCCAGUCUUCGGCCCGCCGGUCGCCGACCCACCGCCGCCACCGCCGUGCCCUCCCGCCCUCCCUGCCGGCUGGUCAAGACCGCGCCUGGGAGGAUGUACCAGAGCCUGGCGCUGGCCGCGAGCCCCAGCCAGGCAGCUUACGCCGACUCGGGCUCCUUCCUGCACGCUCCGGGCACCGGCUCUCCGAUGUUUGUGCCGCCGGCGCGCGUCCCCUCGAUGCUGUCCUACCUGUCUGGGUGUGAGCCGAGCCCGCAGCCCCCCGAGCUCGCUGCGCGCCCCGGCUGGGCGCAGACCGCCACUGCGGAUUCGUCGGCCUUCGGCCCGGGCAGCCCGCACCCGCCAGCCGCGCACCCGCCCGGGGCCACCGCCUUCCCUUUUGCGCACAGCCCCUCGGGGCCCGGCAGCGGCGGCAGCGUGGGGGGCCGGGACGGCAGCGCCUACCAAGGCGCGCUAUUGCCUCGAGAACAGUUCGCGGCCCCUCUUGGGCGGCCCGUGACGACCUCAUACCCCGCCACCUAUCCGGCCUACGUGAGCCCCGACGUGGCCCCGUCCUGGACUGCCGGGCCCUUCGAUGGAAGCGUCCUGCACGGCCUCCCAGGCCGCAGGCCCACCUUCGUGUCCGACUUCUUGGAGGAGUUCCCGGGUGAGGGUCGUGAGUGUGUCAACUGCGGGGCCCUGUCCACACCACUGUGGCGCCGAGACGGCACUGGCCACUACCUGUGCAAUGCCUGCGGCCUCUACCACAAGAUGAACGGCAUCAACCGGCCCCUCGUUCGGCCCCAGAAGCGCCUGUCCUCAUCCCGCCGCGCCGGCCUCUGCUGCACCAACUGCCACACGACCAACACCACACUGUGGCGGCGGAACUCGGAGGGGGAGCCCGUGUGCAACGCCUGCGGUCUCUACAUGAAGCUGCACGGGGUGCCGCGGCCUCUGGCCAUGAAGAAGGAAAGCAUCCAGACACGGAAGCGGAAGCCAAAGACCAUCGCCAAGACCAGGGGCUCCUCAGGAUCCACAACGAACGCGUCGGCCUCCCCAUCUGCUGUCCCCAGCACUGACAACUCGGCAGCCACUUCGAAACCCAAGCCCAGCCUGGCGUCCCCAAUGUGCCCUGGGCCCAGCAUGGCCCCCCAGGCCUCCGGCCAGGAGGAUGACUCCCUUGCCCCCGGCCACUUGGAGUUCAAGUUCGAGCCUGAGGACUUUGCCUUCCCCUCCACAGCCCUGAGCCCCCAGGCUGGCCUCGGGGGGCCUCUGCACCAAGAGGCCUGGUGUGCGCUGGCCUUGGCCUAGGUCCCCAGGCCAGCCCAUGUCAGGGGAACAGCCUGGAACAGAGCACCCACUGAUUCACCUCCGUGCCUGCUUUGCUCCAGCACAGCAGAGACCAGCAGGCCCAGCCACCCAAAGAGACUGGGUCUCCUGGAGUCUCCACACGGCGGUGGGGAGGCCUUCUGUGCAGACAGCAGUCGGGCCCCAGAGCAAGAAGGCUGGUGGGGAAAGGGCUCAACUCCCCACCCCACGUACAGCAAGGGACUCCCCAGGUGCAGCCCAAGGCUCCGGACCACAUUGGUCCCCUGCGGCAGAGGCCAACGCAGGGCACCACCACCAACUUGAAUUCCGUCAUCAACGCUCACCGUCAAUAUGUUUACAAGUUGUAGCAGUUGGGGGAAAACAAUCAACCUCCUGGUGUAAAACCAAGAUUCCAAGUGAAGCAUCUGAGGCCAAGCAGGGGAGAGGAAUGAGGGGAGCAGCUGGACAUGGGCCUCCUGAGGCCUUGGGCUGCCCUUCGUUGCCCACGUGGAUGGACGGACCUGUGGUGCAGAGAACUUUUCCCGCAACGGGUGCAGGACUGCCAAGGAUAGGAGUGCGGGCCGCGCACGGUGCCAGGAUUCCGCCGAGGGGAAGCGGCUCACGUUGCAGUCAUCACAGACUGACACACUUGUUUGGACGGUUUUUCCAGAGCAGAUGGGAAUGGUCCUUGUUCUGGCGGAAUCUGUGUAUCGUGACCGUUUCUGACAGGCAGAGUGAAUUGUCUGGGAGCCCUGUCCUGACCCAUCCAAGCGCUGUUGGGGCUGGUGAUGACGUGGCCGCGUGUCCUGGCGUAUCUGGGGCCGGGCAGUUUAGUCUCUUGUCCCAGGAGAAUUGUGAGUGACCCCCCUUUCCCUUGCAAGCCCCCUCCACGCUGGGUGACGCUGGCGAGAGGCACCCUACCCAACACAGCUGUGGAUGGCCCGUGACAGGGAGCGGGGGAGUGGUACAGGCGGCCACAGCACCCUGCGAGGAGCACGUCCUCGCCUCCGUCCGGCUGCCACCCUUCACCAGCAAGCCCUGAUUUUUCCAGCAAUGCCAGAAACCUGAAUUUUAAGUCUUCCGAUUUGAUUCAAAAAUAUUUUUAACAUUGUGAGCCAGCUAGACCCCCAGUGCACCACCCUGUAUUGGAAACCAGUCGUGUCUGGCAUCAGCUUCAGGAGUGCAUCCGGUUGUCCUGGAGCUGUCCCUCCAGAGGUUCUUCCAGCCCAUUUCUAUGUGAUGUCAUCUUUUCUAAAAAAGACAAAUGAAGCCACAGGAAAAGUGAAAUAAAGCCUUGAACCUCA